UUGUUGUUUGGCUAAAGAUGGCGUUAGCGGCUAACCCACUCGAUUGCAGUUUGUUUCACAAAAAUUAUUCGGCCAGUGGUAACAAAACAUUGAUAAAAUAGAGAUUUAAUUCGUCAUUUUGUGUGUAAAAAAUAUAUUACACCGAGAAAAUACACGUCCACUUGGUCGAUUAACGUUUGCUUGGCUUUCUUACAAUGUAGGCCAGUUUUAAAGGGAGCGGACCGAAGCCGUCGGAACUCCAUAUCCCGUCGGGGAGUGCGGCGUCAGUGCGGCGGUAACACUUUCCUUUUUCAUGCUGGUAUCUGUAGUUCUUACCACACAAGUCGCUUUUUUUCCGGAAACUUUAAAGACAAUGAACUAAACCAAGAGUUGAGUAUAUUUAAGUGGAAAGGCCAUGGUAUAUAAUUUCUCGGUGUUUUACUGGAAACGUCCAGUGAUGCCUCGCAGCGGCUAUAAUAUUUGUUUUAAUUGAGGAGGAUAAAUUAAAAUAAGUACACCUGUUGCCUGGAAAUCCAGGGGACCAUGGCUGCAUCACCUGCAGAAUGUGACAGAAAAAACCCGAGAACACCCUCCAGGGAAGGGCAACCAUCACCAGAGUCUUCUUUGACCUGGUGCUUGGCUCACAUCUCCAAACCUGGAUCGGGGUCUGAGCGUCAGGGACAGUCAGGCUCAGGCGGUGCCAGAGAAACGGACAAGAGAUCCAAAGUCUCCCAGUGGCGAGCACUUGUUGCUAUUAGGACGCAGCACAUCAAGGGCGGCAAGGCUGGCAUUGCAAGAUUCAGAAGUCAGGGUGGUCUCCGGCACCUGUUGGAUCUGAUUAAACACCCAGAGUGCUCGAGGAAAACUCUGGAUCUGGCUCUUAGCAUCCUGGGCAACUGCUGCACGGAGCUGGAGACACGAAUAGAGGUGCGUAAACUUGAUGGGAUAAAUAUUGUAGUGGACAUCCUGAAGAAAAAUGUGGCACUGGAGACAGUCUUGAAUCGAGCAGCCCGCGCUUUAGGGAACUUGGCCAUGGAUCCAGAAAGCUCUGGACUCAUCCACUCUGCUGGUGGUGUUCCUCUUCUCCUUCUCUGCGUGUCUCUUUCAUCUGCACCGUCCUCCCCCACAGCUGCUCCACCCAAAGACGCCUGUCCCAAACUUGAGUGUGCUCAGUCUGCUGCUCGAGCCCUUCUCUACCUCUGUGAUACGCCCUCUAAUCGCCUUUCAUUGCUCACCCAAGGGACCUUAUCUGCGCUCACCCCUCUUAUUGCACCAGAGUAUCCCCAGGGGUUGAGGCGAGCAGCUCUCAGGACUCUCCAUGAGCUCACCCGGGGCUGUGGUGUUGAAUGUGCCAGGGAGGUGUCUCGUUCCGGGGUCCUCGCUCAGCUGGGUGUCAUGGUAACAGGAGAGUCUGGUAAACCCUUUGAAGAGUUGGCACUGAAAACAUUAGCCAAUAUGUGCUCUCAGGGUUGCCUACGCCCUCUUGUGGGGUCACUGGGAGUCAUCCAGAAGUUCACAGAGGAGGUUAAAAGGGACCCACUGAAGUCAGGAGUCUUCCUCAAGGCUCUUUGCUUGUGCUGCAAAGAGGCCGUGAACCGGGCCAAGGUGAAAGAGAGCGGCGGACUGGAGGUGCUGAUUGGCUUUUUGUCGGCUCAUCAGAGUCAUCCUCUUUCCCGGCUUGCUCUUAUGGCCUGUGUAGACUUUGUUUUUGAUGAAUCUGCCAUGGAGCAGCUGCAGGAGUUGGGGCUGGUUCCUCUUCUUGUUGCACGGCUAGUUGAGCUCACCAGAGGAGAGGAGCCAUUGACUGAAAAGAUGGACGUGAGCCUCUCCUCAAGUACGUCUCCCACCGAGCUCCUGUCUUCAUCAUGUUUUGAUUCCUUCGAUUUUCCUCCUCCCGAGGGACACAAAAAGGAAGAAUCUGGUAGGGAGCAGGGCUCAUCCAGCUUUUUAAGUCUCAGGUCCUGGUUGGUGUCUGAGGGCUUGAUAGCUUCUGAAGGGGACCUUCUAGAUUCAUCUAAUGUUGAUGGAGAAUGGGGGAGUCUUCAGAUCCCGCCAUCUUCAUCACCUCAAACCCCUUCCUCAAACCCCUCUUCCAGUUCCUCUCUUAAAAACUCUUCUUCACCCAACCCCGCUAUUUCUUCUGCUUCUAAAAAAGCACCUCACCCUUCGCCCUUGUCAUCAUCGAAAGUCAACGAUCUGCCUCCCUCCAAUGGGCUCUCACCACAAACCCAGCCUAGUUCCUCCAUCAUCUCCUCUCCCACUAAAACAAGCCAAACCCCCGUUUCUCCAUCCAAGUUUUCAUCCCCACUCAGACGCAGGCCGCGGGCUCAAUCAACAACGUCUUUGACUAAAGUCACACUUGAGACUCCUCCAUCUGUGCCUCGCGCAUCAGCUUUCCAUCACCCUUACCACCCCGAACCCUGGACGCCCGAGUCACCCAUCCUGCUGCUGCUGUCGCGCUUCUCCCACGCCACUGAUCCAAGUGCUGCUCUGGUCAGCUCAGGUGUCAUGUCCGGCUUGCUCUUCUACCUUACCCAGCAUGAGGACCCCAGCAGCAGGUGCUUCCGCAUGCUUUGCCGGCUGAGCUGCAACCCGAACUGUUUGCAGUCGCUUGUCCGAACGGGUUCUGUAGCGCUCAUUCGCCACCAUCUCUGCCAGAGAGAAGAAGGAUUUGAAGGAGGGGACAGGCAGACGGACAGAGUGAAAGCCAAAGUUAAACAGCUUGGUGUGGCCCUUCUGAAUAACCUGCGUGUCCAGUGUGAGUCUGGAUUUGGCUCUGGGGUUCUUGCACAUGUGAUGCUGUCUGGCUCUGACUCAGAUAAGCUGAACUGUGCACUGUCUCUGCCAUUAAUCAGCAGCAACAAGCAACUGCUGAAGAAACUUCUUCUGGACAGUGGCGGGCUGCUCUUGGCCCUGCAGCCCCUCAGCUGUGACAAUGAUGAUGGUGCGGACGAAGACCACCCUGCUGAAUGUGAAAGACUGCUUAUUGACUUGUUGAAUUCUCCACAUUCAGGUGUGACCUCACAUCUCCACUCGCUGUACUUCUCUCUCCUGAUUGGAUGCCUGUCUGCUCUCACAGGUACCAUUAAAACCGAGCUUGACAAAAAACAUUCAAUUCCAGUUAUAAGACAGUCGAUCAGUAGCCUUGGCCAUGUUUCUCCGCCUCCCUCUAAAAAAGCUCGGCUAGCAGACACGUGCCCUUACAGCAUCUCUAACUUUGAUCUGCUCUUGCUGCUGGAUGAUGGGACCCAGGUCCCAGCCUGCAGGGAGGCUGUAGCUGGGGUUGAGGGCACAGGUGGGGUUGGCUCUGAGUAUUUCAGGGCCCUGUUGAGUGGUGGAUUUGGAGAAGCUCAGGGCAAUUCAAAAGAAGCUAUCCCCAUUAAAGAUGUCAGCAGAGGUGCAUUAUUACCAGUGCUACAUUAUCUGCAUGGAUGUCGCUUUACUAAGGGUGAAGAAACGAUUAAGGAAAGGGAGGAAGGAAGGAAGAGCGGGCAGUGCCAGAUUUUGGACAAAUUGGUGCUCGAUGGUCUGAGUCUCUAUGAAAGCGAGACAGAGGAGCGCUCGUCAGGAAACGUGGAUUUCCAGAAAACUCCGUUAUGUGAGAUGAUGAUUGGAGCUUGCAGGUUUUUGGUGAGUGAGCUACAGAGAGACUUAGAGGACCUGUGUGUGUCAUUUCUCCUGUCCUGCUCUCCGAAAGCUGCUAAUCAGACUCCAACAGAGGCCAACGCUGAAAAGGAUGCAUCCAAAAUGGACCACGAGUGCCCCGAGUCUGCUGAGGAAAGCCUGGCCAAUCGAACAUCAGAGCUUGAGCUGACAGGAUUUAAGAUGCAAACUGAAAAAACAAAGAAACCAAACUCCCUGCAACAGACAGACGGUAAGAAAACAGUGGACAAAUCAGUCAGUCCAGAAGAGCUGACUUUAAGACCAAAGAGCUUGAUUAAAGGUUCAGAACAGCUUCCUGAAUCUGCGGCUCAGGGCUCUCGCUCCUCGGAAACAUUUGCUGAAGGUGGUGUUCUGGCUGCUCUGCUGCCCCAGGUGUACUGGUUUUCCCAGCGGUACAGCUACCCAGCACUGGGCCGGGCUUGCCUGUCCUUGCUGCUGGGCUGUCAGGACUGUCCUCGGCCCUUCCUGUCGUCCUCCAUUGCCGGGGACUGCCUUCGCAGACUGGCCAGAGAAGCUGACUGUGCAGAGACUCUCAAACAAGAUCUGUUAAGUCUGGUCUCCGUAGCUUUGACCUGAGUAAGGAUCGAAACACUGAUUGAUCACAUAAUUUAAAGGGGCACAGCGUGAGUUUAAGUCUCUAGAGUUUCUAUUGUCAUAUGUUUAGCAAGCACAUGGAUUAUGUGGUUUACAGCAGCAUGGUUACCUAUAAAAUAUGCUGCUCCAGCACUUACAGAAGGAACUGCUGAUUUAUGUUGAUUUAUUUUGAUCAUUUUGAAGAAUACAUUUCUGUUUAGCUUGGAUGUAAAUGUAGCACGUCCCAGCAUGAUGUACAUCUACUAUAAUUUACUGUUGGUGAAUUUUUUUUAAUAAUUUUUUUUUUUUUUAACCUGGGAAACGUUAAAGCAGAUGUCUGUCAUGCAUUUGAUAAAUGCCAUGUAGCUGAAAUUAUGAGGGUUGGUCUGAGAGCCAGUUGUUGGAGAUGAAAUGGAAUAGCAGAUAAGCAACGUAUAUACAUUUAAAAUGGCCUAUAAAUUUAUGCCAGUAAAUAUAUUGGUGGAACAUCACUUUGUUCUCAGUUUCUUCUUGUGGGAGGGUGCGCGUACACAAAAAGGGAAAACCUAAAGCUUUGAAAGUUGGUCGAGUUACGGUUUUGUUAUGGAUAAAAGAAGCAGGCAAGUACCUGUUCAGCUUUUUUCUUUUGACUGCACGUAACAGUAUACAGGUAUACAGUACUUUCUUUUCAUGUUUGAAGUGGGUGAUUAACCUCCCAGUGUCUUUGUUUCCUUCCAGUCCAACAUUUUUUUUUCUCUGAGACAUCAUCUUGGUAUUUCAAAAAGUGGUUUCUGCUAAUCAAAUUAUCUACCUGGCAACACCAGGCAAGCUACCACACUGAUUUAUACAAAAAUUUUGUAAAUGGGUAAUGCAUUUUUUUUUGUCAGUGGAGUGGGACUCUGAGGACCUGCAGGCAAUCAGGAUAUUUGGUUCUGACCAAAAGUUCUCAUUAUUCAGAAUCAGAUACAUUAUAUUAAUGAAUCAUAACCAUUAAUUCAUGAAUGUGUAGAUCAGCUGGAGAAGAUUUUAUUUCUACUGCUGGAUAGCUUUAUCAAUAAGCCAACAUAAAGUAAUUUCUAGUUUAAAAUCUCCCCAAGUAAGCUUUAAAAUUGAUGCUAUUUGUAGUCGAAAGCUGUGUAACAGAGGAAUAGUUGUAAAAAAACACAAAUGCAUUAAAAUUGUACUAGAAUAAAUGCACUAAGUUAGGUGGUGGUGUUGGGCAUCGUAGGUUUAACAGUGUUCCAGUCCAAUGGAGGUCCAACUUUACGUGUAUUUCAGGGGCAGCCCUGCUGUUACAUUUGUCACUGCAAUGCUAAUUGUGCAGUUCUGCAGACAGAACAGCUGGAGAGAGGAGGGUGACACUGGAGACUUAACCCACCUCAAUUAGGCUAGUAAAUGUCAAGUUAGCCUAACUGUUGUGACCAGGCUCACGUAAACCCAGCAUGCUGCGUCUUUAAAAAUUGGUCAUGCAUAAAAGGUUUCAGUUUGGGAAACGGUUGCCAAAAAUUUUAUGUUGGCAACCGUUGAGUUGGUGUGAGGCAACGUGCCAGUGCAGUCGUCUGGAUAGUUUUUGGAAAAUAAUGCACCUUUAUGACACGGUGGAAUCUGCCACCGAGUCAGGUCACUUAUGAUACUUGGUGCUACUUAUUGUUUAACAAUAGGAAAAAAACCCCCUGAUGUAUAACAGAAUAAUAGUUUUAUAUUUAAAGCCUGAUAUGUGUUGGAUUUUAAUCUUUCUAAAUUGGGCACCCCUCAUGAAAAAACUCAGUGCAAUCUGCAAUCACAUCGGUCUAAAUAAUGAGAUGUAAAUACACUUUCAUCACAGCACCACACACACACACACACACACACAGACACAUAUUUUGUGUAUUGAUUAAAUUAAAUUGAGCACUUCUCCAAUUUAAAAAAUGAACUGGCACUCAUGGUAAUACAGCACAAAGUGGUUUUAUUCCUGGCUGUCUGCUUGGCCCCUCAGCCGUUUUAAUUAAACCAAGUAGACUGCAGACUGGAGUUUGAAGCAUGCAGCAGGAUAGAGCCGAGAAACGGAGGUGAUCCUCUCAGUGAUGGGAGCUCUCGUAGCCGUCA